CGCGCGCUCUUCUUAUAGCAACUAGUUUGGUGAACUUAAAAUUUAUCAGAACUUGUUUAUUAAAUUUGAAAAAUAAUAAAUUACAAUGUAAAAAUAUAGAUGUCAGACGGUGUGUUGGAUGAUAUAUGUUGUGUCUUAUGUAAUAGAAAGGGCUUGAAGUCUGGGGGAACAAUUGGAGAUCAUUGCAUUUGUAAAGACUGUGCAAAUUGUUCAGGUGGCAUAGUUCCAAACGACGAGUAUUUUGGAAGAGCUUUUCAAAAAUUUUCUACUGAUAAUCUUAAGGAAAUAGCAUCGUCCCAGUUGUUAAAAUCAAUAUUUUUGGGUCAACUGUACAGUUACAGACAUAAUAUCUUCAAAACUGGUGGAGAUGCAAAAAAAAGUUUGUGUGACAUUUGGUUGGUUGAUUUGCUAUCAGAUGAUCAAGUGCAUACUCUUUAUAACGCAUUAGUUAGAUCAUAUAAUAAUUUAAAACAUAAUGAUUACGUGUUGAAAGUCCUUGUUCCAGAGGCAAUACUAUAUCUCUUCGCCAAAGUGGAGAAGAUUUCAAGGAUUAAAGCUGAAGUUGUAUUGAAUUCAUAUAUUUCAGAAAGAUACCAUGAAAAUGAAAGUCAAAAUUCAGACAGUUGUAAAAGUGAUGUAAAUUGUGUUUCCAGAAAUGAGAAUAUUUUAUUGAAUAAAUUAAAAAAGGAGGAAAAAAUUAAAAAAAAUCGUUUAUCCAAAUGGGUACAUUAUAGUACUGAUACCAAUACUAUUGAAGAUAAAAAAGAGAAUGAAUUACCUAAAAACAUUCACAUUGAUUUAUGUAUAGAAGAUUCAGAAACCUUCUUGGUGAAAAAUUUGUUGAGUUAUUUAAUUGAAAAGGUUUGUAAUUAUAUAGAUGGAAAUGACGUUGAUUUUAACAUCCAAAAUCCUCAAUGUCCUACAUCAUCUUGUAGUAAAAAAUAUCUAAAUGAAUCUGUUUUUACACUCUCUGGUGAAGAAAAGAAAGUUAAUUUGGAAAUGGAUAUGCAUCAAGUUAAAAAAAAAAAAUAUCUAAAUGAAUCUGAUUUUACAUUCUCUGGUAAAGAAAAGAAAGUUAAUUUGGAAAUGGAUAUGCAUCAAGUUGAAAAAAAAAAAUAUCUAAAUGAAUCUGAUUUUACACUCUCUGGUAAAGAAAAGAAAGUUAAUUUGGAAAUGGAUAUGAAUCAAGUUAAAAAAAAAAAAUAUCUAAAUGAAUCUGAUUUUACAUUCUCUGGUAAAGAAAAGAAAGUUAAUUUGGAAAUGGAUAUGCAUCAAGUUGAAAAAAAAAAAUAUCUGAAUGAAUCUGAUUUUCUACUCUCUGGUAAAAGAGUUUCUCCUAAAAACAUCAAAAGAACAAAAGAACCAAUAGUAAAACGAGGUAAAAAGGCGUGCCCUGUACCUGGAUGUAAGUCAGUUAUUAUCAAUUUAUCGAGACAUAUAAAAGAAUCUAAAAAAAUGGACCACAUUAUAUUAAAAAGAUCUGCGUCAAAAGUAGUUUCCCUCUUCGGACUUAGAAAAAGUUGCGCAAAAAGUUGUGAUGUAAUCAGACCUCGCAAAAGUGUUACUAAAUCGUGCCCAGUUGAUGGAUGCCUAUCAACAAUAUUAAACUUAUCUGACCACUUUCGAAAAUCUCACCCAAGUAUUUACAAUAAUGCUGAGCUGUAUGAUGAAAUGAAAAAAAAAGCAAUAGUUAUUUCAGAAAAUGAUAAAGAACAAAUAAUGUCAAUUUUCCCCUCAAACAAUCCAUUGCCUUCUGAUGAUUCAUACGAUUCAGAAAACGGUUCUGCAAAAAUUGCUUCUGAUAAAUAUAAAAAGUUUAUUUCCCAAAUUGAUUCUUCUACUGACACUGACUCAGAUUAUAUAGCUGAGUUAGAUGAAACCGAUGAGUCUAAUGAUGAAUAUUUACCUGAUGAUAUCAAUGAAGAAUCUAUUAAUGCUGUUUUAAAUAAUUUCGAAAUCCAUUUAUUAGGUUUUGAAGGUGGUAAAAAAAAGGAAAAACCUGCUCGCCAAUGUAAAAAUCAAGUUAAAUGUAUUCUAAAUUGUAUUAGUCCUACUCUAACAUCACUUGAUCCUUUGUUUAAUCUUCAAACACUUAGGGAGAAGUGGCUUCCCUGGGCUUUGGCUCCUGGAAAAGGUAAAAAUGGUAAAGGUCACCUACCAGGAACAUUAAGAUCCUACCUUGGAUCACUGAGUAAGUUUAUAGAAUUUUUAAUUCGGCAGAAAACAGUUUCUUGGGCAAAAAAGAUGUUCGUCCCUUGCACUAUUAAUCUUGAUGUGAUGAAAGGGCUAUUGAAAGAUAUUAAGAACUGGAGUGCAAGCUAUUGCGAUGAAGUGGAUGAGCGAGAGUGGGAUGUUUUAGAAAAAGACCUUGCUAAUAUGAUUGACCCGGAUGAAUUUCAAAAAGUUUACAAUUCUGAGCUCUCUCAGCAAGCACGAAAACUACUGAACAAUUCGAUAUUAUUUGAAGAAAGUGAUUUUAGCAAAGAAAAUUUUGUUACAGUUAGAGAUUAUUUAGCGAGUCUAUGCUGUUUGAGAAACUCUGCUCGUGCUGGGAAUUGCAUAAAUAUGCUUCUUUCAGAAUUUCAAGCUGCAAAAGUUGAUAAAACAACUAAUAACAUUAUAGUAAACGUAAAAGUUCAUAAAACUAAGCGAAAAUACGGUUCAGCACAAGUCGUCCUUACACCUGAUAUGAAUACUCAAAUGAGGUGUUAUGUAGAUGUCUUUAGGGAUAAAGUUGCCCGAAUGAAUGAAAAAGAUCCAUUAGAUCCAGGCAGCUGUUUAUUUGUUACAUGGUCUUUCAAGUCACUAAAUGGAUUUUCAACACAACUUGAUUCUUUUUGGAAAAAAGCCACAAAAUCAAAUAGACAAUGUCUAGUUUCAGCAACCUUAAUUAGAAAAAGUAUCACAACCACUUUCUAUGCUUCAGAAGAAAUAAAUGAUAGUAUUAAGGAUAGGCUGGCGAACCAUAUGAAACAUAAAAGAGAAACAGCUUCUCGCAAUUAUAAUUUAUACAAAACAAUGACUAAUGCUGCUGAGCUUACAAAUCAAAUUGAAAAUAAACUUUUAAAAACCAGCAUUAUAAAUUCUGAAAACUUUUCAAAUAAUUUUACAUCUGAAAAUCUUUCAGAUAAUAUAAAGUUGCCAACAGAGUGCAUCAGUGAUGAAAGUACCUCGAAACGUGGAUGGAAUGGUGAUGAAAUUUUAGAAGUUAAACGUUUAUUUCAACAUCAUGAUUUUCAAGGAUGUUACAUUCCCUAAAUUCGGGAAAAAAUUAAAGAUAAUUUAAUUCUAAAAAGAAAAAGCCCAAAGGCCAUCUACGACAAACUUUUGUCGAUAACAAAGUCUGCAAAUACUUCUGAGAAAAAGAAUCGAGGUGAAAAAAUUGAUGCACAAGACAAACGUUUUUUAAUGGUAAUUUUUAAAAAAGAGAUUAUGCGAGACAUUUCUACUUCUGAAAAUUCGGUUAACGAAAAGUUAAUGCGUACCACUCAUGGUAAAGAGUUGCUAAACAAAUACGGAUUGCAUAAAAUAAUUAAUAAAAUCCGUUAUGAAAAAAACGCAUUGAAGCAAUCACUUUAGUUAUUGAUAUUUAGAAUGAUUAUGUAUAGUUAUAGUUUUUUGAUGCAUUACAUUAAAAUGUCAGUAA